AGUGGCCUGAAAACUAGUACCCGGCGACUCGAGAUUUUUCAACCAACUUGUUCGUGUUAUUUCUUGUAAAAGCUUUUAGCAGCAAUUAGGGGUGAAAAUGAAAGAAUUGUAUAGUAUACUAGUUUAUUUAACGUUGUUUAUUCUUCCAAACACACGGCGAACGAGUGGUAGUAAUGUGGAGGAGACUUCUGAGCGUUACAAAAUUGAAGGCAAGAUAACAAUCCAAGGUUUCAAGCCAUCCGACUGGAUUUCGCAAACAAGAGUCCUUGUAGAUGGGGGAAGCUAUGUCGGAUUUCUCAAAACUGAUGGUAGCUUUACUGUAAAUGACAUUCCUGCUGGUUCUUAUGUAGUAGAAGUUCUUUCACCAAAUAACAUGUUUGAACCUGUAAGAGUCGACAUCAGUGGCAGAGCAAAGGGUAAAAUCCGAGCAAGGAGAGUGAACUUUCUUCAGAAUUCAGCUGUCGUAACUGUUCCUUAUCCUUUGAAGUUUAAAGCUAAAGAGCCUGCACCUUUCUUUGAGAAGCGAGAGCAAUGGAAAGUGACUGAUAUGCUUUUCAAUCCCAUGGUGUUGAUGAUGGUGUUGCCACUUCUUUUGCUGUUAGUCUUACCUAAACUUAUAAAUAGCCAGGAUCCAGAGACACAAAAGGAAAUGCAGUCAUCAAUGAAUAUGUUUAAUCAGUCUAAAGAUUUGCCAGACAUCUCUGACUGGUUUGCCAAGAACUUCUCCUCAGGCAGUAAGAAAAAGACAACGAGUAAAGCAGCACCAAAGAAAGCUGUCACAGGAAAUGUAAGAAGACGUUGAGUUCUAACGCAAAUUAUGCAAUCACCAGUUUUGUUAAAAUGUAGCUGAAAAUUGCUGGCAAUCUGCAUUAAAAGUGCAAAAGAUUUAAAGCAGUUGUGUUCGCAGUUUGCUGUACACUGUAAGAUAUUGUCAAGGAGCCUGAUAAAAAAUCCAGGGAGUCAACAGAUUUUAAUCCAGAGCUUCCCUAUUGCCAAUUUAAAGCUCUACCAACUGAGUUGUUUUUAAGUCAAAUUGGAAGCAAAUGUACAUCAAUAAAGUUUCAAAGCUUAGUUUUUGUGGCUGCAUCAAACUGACAAUGUGGAAGUCAUGCAUUAAAAAUAUUUAAAUCCUUAUUAUAAUUGUAAACUCAGCUGUAAUGAUCAUCGGUUCACUUUGUGCUCUUUUCACAUUAUGUAUAAACUUAUUAUAAAUGCUCUUCUCUUAUUGGCUACGUUACUCCCUAUCCAUUCUGUUGUAGAUAGUGAGUAACCUAGCAGUGUGUGGUUGUUUACAAGAUGGUGGCCACCUCUUACAUGUAGCAUUAAAUUUUUUGAAGUGUUUGUGCAGAGGAUUUAGAUAAAGUUUUGAUGGAAUAGUAGAUCUAUACUAAAGCAAUUCAAUGAUUUGCUCUUGACUUCUACACAUGAUAGAAAUCUUGAGCUCGUAAUCUAAUUGUAAAGUAGUUAUGGCUUCACAUGUAACUCAAACUAUUGAGUAGUGAUUUGAUAUUUUUUAUUGAGAAAGAAAGGUCACACAGUGAACUAAUUGUAUGCCACAUUAAUUUUGUUGUUCCCAAAAAUAUCCAUACCCCUCACUCAGAAUAUUUUUGGUUUUGACCCCUCCACCCCUCUAAGAAUCCAGUUUCUUCUGACUUCACACCUGAAAAAGAAUAAACUGAGGCUUUUGAUCUCCCACCCCCCUUCCCCAAUCCGCCCUUGUCCAAAUGUCAAACCUGUUUUUGGGAGAGUGGUAUGGUUAUACCCUUGAAACUGCAUAAUCUGUGUUUGUUUCUCAAUCCUUCAAGAAUAACAAAAGACGAUGAUAAAUUUAACCCUGUAAUGACCAAGAAUGAUUAAUAUCUACUUACUUCUAAGAGUACUAACUCAUCAUCUGCACAGACAGUCGAUAUGAGAGUUAAGAAAUCAUUAACUGGGUGAUAUUGCCUUGAUGCGCCACAAAAUUUUCAGAUCUAACAGUAGAGAGCUAUUAUUGUUGUGCCAAUCAGUAUGAAGAAUUACUGUGAAAUUCAGAAAACCAUGAACACUUUGAUUUGAUAUGAUUCUGACAGGUCAAUUGUAUACUGACCAAUCACAAUAUAAAAGUUCAAAACCUCAAAACCACAAACUAAUUACCACUGCUGUUUGCGGUUUUGUUUUGUCAUGCCCUAUUUGCUUUUUCCUUGCUAUGGUAACACAAUAUUAUUUCAUAAGUAUUUCUGGUACUCGUGGUUUACUGAAUUUCACAGUCAUGUUUUCAUCUUCGUAGUGAACAGAUUGCAUGUGCAAGAGUGACCUAUUAUUUGAGACUUCUCAGUUGUGUGAAGUAAAUGAUUAUAUAGAUGAGUGUUUACAGAUUGUGCUGCUGUCCAAAUUGUAAUUUAUACCUUCAUAUUAUUUAACCAUUUCUUUGUAACAUGUACAGAUGUGUACAAGAAAAAAAAACUGAGCACAGUUCAUUUUAAUAAACUGUUAACAACUAA